AUGUCUUUCCUCCGAUCCUCAGCAGUUGUACGCUCAGCGCUUAUGAGGCCGGCCGCUUCUGUCGCUCCUUGCGCCCGAUUCCAUACCGUGCGCUCGCUCCGUGCACAGCAAGACUACGGCUCGGGCGAGGGCAAUCCCGCAGGCGAGAACCCCCAGCAGCAAGGCAAGCGCGGCCGCGAAGACCUCGAACACCCCGGUCCACCAGCACCGAACGUCGGACAGGGUAACAAAACCUCUCCGGACUCGUCUUCCUCGCAAUCCUCCAGCUCGAGCUCGAAGGGCUCUAAUGGAGGCAGCGGCAGUGGAAAGCAGGCGGAGUCGACGGACAAGGACGUCAAGGGAGUCAAAGGUGCGCAGCCCAAGAUUUUGAAUGAGAAUCCGCCCAAGGGAGACAAUGCCCCUGAAGAGGUCAAGCAGCAUAAUCGGGAGUUGGAUCAGAGGGCUGAGAAGGCACAUGAGCAGGUUAGCAAUGAGGACGCGAAGCAGGAUAAGGUGCCGAAAAGCUUCUGGUCUGGUAAGUACAUGUCUAUCCUUAUGGCGGCUGCGUCUCCCAAGACGAAGGCCGUACUUGAAUAA